AUGAGUAAUCAGGACGAAUUUUAUUAUAACGAAGAUAAUAAUGAUCAUGAAGAUUAGUAAUAAUUUGAGGAAUAUUCAAAUUAACAGUAAAUGUAAAAUUAACAAGCAUAUUAGGAAUAGUAAGAAUAUAAUGAAAAUAAUGAUGGAGAGUAUGAAGAGGAGUUAAAAAUGAACUCUUAAUCUUAGCAUGACAGUAAAUCUGAAAAAAAUUUUUAUGACCAAGAAUUUGAACCUAGAAAAUGGUAAUGGGCAUAACCCUUAAUUGAAGGUGUUCCCCCUUGUCCUAGAGGUGGUCACAGCGCAACACUCUCUGGUGCAACUAUAGUUAUUUUUGGUGGUCAUUAUUAUGCUGGUAAAUAAAAAGGUUAUGUUUAUUUGAAUGAUACUUAUAUUCUUGAUGUAAACUCAAAUAGAUGGCAUAAACCUAAAAUAAGCGGUACACCACCUGCACCAAGAUACAACCACUCUGCAAUUUUAGCUGGUUCAAGAAUUAUUAUAUUUGGUGGUAAAGGAGAGAAAGGUAAAGUUUAUAGAGAUCUCCAUGCUCUUGAUCCUGUUACAACUACUUGGUAUUAAGGUCCUGAAGGUAGUGGUUCACCUUCUGCUCGUUUUGGUCACUCAGCUAAUCUAGUAGGUGGUUCUAAAAUGCUUAUAUUUGGAGGAUGGAAUGGAAGUGACUUUUUCAAUGACUUGUAUCUCUUAGAUUUAGAAGUUAUGGCUUGGACUUAGCCACCUUCUACAGGUCCUGCACCCUCUCCUAGAUAAGGUCAUACUGCUAUUUAAGUAGGUAAUAAUUUGAUCAUUUAAGGUGGUUUCCACUUUGAUGAUGAAAAAUAAAAUUAAGCUGGAUUUAGAUAAGGUACUCAAUUACGUUAAUGUUACUUAAAUGACUUGCGUAUAUUAGAUACCGACAAUUUUAUUUGGGCUCGUUUAAGAGUUAGUGGUACUCCUCCACUACCUAGAUAUGGACAUACUUCAAAUAUCUCAGGACCCGAUAUUAUUUUCUUUGGAGGUUGGUCAUUAAACUCAGGAGCAAGAGGUGAGCAAAACUUUAUUCCUUAAGAUGACAUAGAUUACUUUUUAGUACUUAACACCGAAAGUAUGUAAUGGGAAAAGGGUAAAUUUGAAGGAACUCCUCCUCUUAAUAGAUAUGGACACACUGCCUCUUCAAUUGGUCCUCACAUAUUAAUAUUUGGAGGAUGGGAGUUCAACAGAGCAACCAACGAAGUAGUUGUUUUAAGAGAUAUGGGUGGAGGUGGACCUAUUAAACCUGCUAAAAAUUGA